CGCCGCUGCCGUGCCCGGGUGAGGAGCUCGUAGUGCACCAUGUCUCUCAAGGAUCAGCUCAUCCACACUCUCCACAAACAGGAGAGUCAUGCCGAAAAUAAAAUCAGCGUGGUUGGCGUGGGUGCAGUCGGAAUGGCCUGUGCCAUCAGCAUCCUCAUGAAGGACUUGGCUGAUGAACUCGCCCUUGUUGAUGUUGUGGAGGACAAGCUCAGAGGAGAGAUGCUGGAUCUCCAGCAUGGCAGCCUCUUCCUUAAAACUCCAAAGAUUGUCUCUGGCAAAGAUUACAGCGUGACUGCACACUCCAAGCUGGUCAUUGUCACUGCUGGUGCCCGGCAGCAGGAAGGAGAGAGCCGCCUUAACUUGGUCCAGCGCAACGUGAAUAUCUUCAAAUUCAUCAUUCCCAAUGUUGUUAAAUACAGUCCUGACUGCAAGCUGCUUAUUGUCUCAAACCCAGUGGAUAUUUUGACCUAUGUGGCCUGGAAGAUCAGUGGCUUCCCCAAAAACCGUGUUAUUGGUAGUGGCUGCAAUCUGGACUCUGCCCGUUUCCGCCACCUCAUGGGAGAAAGGCUGGGCAUCCACCCCCUGAGCUGCCAUGGAUGGAUCGUUGGAGAGCACGGAGAUUCCAGUGUGCCUGUCUGGAGUGGAGUGAAUGUUGCUGGCGUCUCUCUGAAGGCUCUUCAUCCAGACUUGGGAACUGAUGCAGACAAGGAACACUGGAAGGAGGUCCAUAAGCAGGUCGUGGACAGUGCCUAUGAAGUGAUCAAACUGAAGGGGUACACAUCCUGGGCUAUUGGCCUUUCUGUGGGAGACCUGGCUGAAAGUAUUAUGAAGAAUUUGAGAAGAGUGCACCCCAUUUCUACCAUUGUUAAGGGCUUGCAUGGAAUAAAAGAAGAUGUCUUCCUAAGUGUUCCUUGUGUACUGGGCAGUAAUGGCAUCACUGAUGUAGUAAAGAUGAUCCUAAAACCUGAGGAAGAGGACAAAUUAAGGAAGAGUGCAGACACACUGUGGGCAAUCCAGAAGGAACUACAGUUUUAAACCUGCCCAAGCAGUUUUUGGCUCUUAAGCAGUUUAAUGGGUUUAGUGGUUUGUCUUACGUUGCACUUUCCAAGUAAGUCAAAUCUUUCAAUGUAUUAUCUCAACUAGAACACACAAAAAGCUCAAAUCUGAACAAUGGAGUUUCCCGAAGAUAGCAUUAGGAAACUAAUCUAGGGUUUUCCCUGUUCACAGACACCCAUGUUCUUAGCCAGAGCUAGAUAACCUAGAGUCAGUCUUGUUCAGUGAAGUGGUAUGACAGAAAUCCAGCAUUCAAAGCAGCACUGCCUAAAAACCCUUUGCCUUUUCCUCUUCUUGUUUCAUGUUGGUUGAAAGGAAUAAGGAGUAAUUGCUUCACAAUGUGAAACCAAAGACAUUUCUUGAAGUUAAUGGAUUGCCAAGCCAAUUGACCAACCUUCUCUGCCAGCUGAACAGCUUAAAUAUUUCACUGUUGAUAGGUCCAAGUGUAUUUUCCUACCACUGCUUUGGAAUUUUUGUGGGUAUUUUUUUUAGAGAAUCUUAUUUUUGUGUACUAUAUCAGUCUAGUUGUAAGUUCUGUCUCCAGAGCAUGUUUAAAAAAAUGUUAAGGUUUCUAUGUGCAACAAGACAGUGACUGUCCAACUGUAGUACCAACUACAACACCAAAUAAACCACAAA